AUGAUCAUUGAUGGGUACUCGGUGCUCUUCCUUUUUACUCUUGGUGUGUUGGUCACAAUCAUUUUGGCGAUAUUUGUACAACGGCAAAUAUUCCGGAUGCGUAAUAACAGCGUGCGGCGGGAAGCUAAUAUUAUUGUUGGAGCGGGUUUAUCAAAGCGCAAAAAGGAGGAACUUGAUCGAGGCAUUGAAAUUGUUCGACAGUUCCAACUUCUACGUGCUCCAAAGUUUACGGAAAUUGGAACUAUUGCUGAACAUGCCAGUGCACCAUAUAUCAAUCGAAUGAUUGCCAUGGACGAAUUACGAGAAAUUGAACGACAGUUAGAGUUCAUAAACGGCGACCUUGGUCACAUAGCAGGCGAAUCGAUGUAUGCUUAUUUGUCUCGAAUCCGUCAAAUAGCUCUACCUUCGCUAUCCGAACACCUGUGUGAACGAAUCGGUUUGUUGGCGGAACAUUGCAGGUAUCGACACCAGCCCUUCGGUGAAUCAGAGUUGACCGAAACUCGUGCACUAAUCAAAGAAAUUGUGAAAAUAUUAAAUAAGGAACAAGAACGCCUCUCUUCACUGCACAUCAAAGAAUCAACCGGCUCAGCGUUACAAGAAAUUACUAAAAGGUUAACAGCAGGAGAAAAUAAAAAAGGAACCCACAAAAGGAACACAGCAGUGAAUGCGAUUCGAAAUGCUCUAUUGCCAUCUGAUAAGAAUGAGACGAGAUUAGCAAGAGCAAGAGAUGUUCACAGGAAACCACUGAUAGCUGAUGAUAAAGAGGCGAUUGAUGACACACCCGCACUUCAUGUCUUGGGUUCCCGUGUAACUGCUGCUGAUACUCAAAAUACACAACCCUCAGAGCGUAUUCCGCUAAUCGCAUAA